GGCAGAUAACUCUUGUUGACUCUUCCACCUGACAGUAAUGGCUACACGUGUGGUGGUAGUCUAACAUUUACGACCGACACGCAUUUACCGUCUUUAAACUAGAUCUAAUUACAAAAGCGACCACAAUGGACUAUAUCCAUGAAAACAUGCAACCCACAGCUGGUACAAUUCUUUGCUGCCAGUGUGGUAUAGCAAUUGAAGCGAACCCUUCCAACAUGUGCGUCAACUGUGUUAGAACCGAAGUUGACAUCACUGAAGGUAUACCAAAACAGUGCGUUAUAUACUUCUGUAGAAAAUGUGAAAGAUAUCUGCAACCACCUGCCACUUGGGUAUCUGCACAGUUGGAAUCGAAGCAACUGUUGAAAAUCUGUUUGAAAAAACUAAAAGGCCUUAAUAAGGUUAAUUUAAUUGAUGCUGGCUUUAUCUGGACAGAGCCACACUCCCAACGGAUCAAGCUGAAGUUAACUAUACAGAAAGAAAUUAUUAAUGGAGCUGUGUUACAGCAAGUAUUUAUAGUAGAGUUUACUGUUCACAACCAGAUGUGUUCUGAUUGUCACCGUGUUGAGGCUAAAGACUUUUGGAGGGCUGUGGUUCAAAUCAGACAAAAGACACAACACAAGAAAACAUUCUAUUACUUGGAGCAACUUCUGUUGAAGCAUAAUAUGUACCAGAACACUGUAAACAUUAAACCUAUGCAUGGUGGUUUGGAUUUUUAUUAUGCUUCGAAAAACGAUGCCAGGAAACUUGUGGACUUUCUCCUGUUAGUGGUACCAUGCAAGUAUCAGAUAGCUCAGGAACUUCUCUCUAUGGACAUUCACAGCAACAUUGCCAACUAUAAAUGGGCGUUCUCAGUGGAGAUUGUCCCUGUGUGUAAGGAUGAUGUUGUAUGUCUUCCCAAGAAACUGGCAGCUUCUCUUGGAAACAUUUCACAAAUUUGUGUUGUGUACCGAGUAACUAAGGCAGUUCAUAUCAUUGAUCCCAUUUCUUUACAAAUUGCAGAAAUCAGUGGACAGGUUUACUGGAGAGAACCCUUUCAGAGUCUGAGUACCCCAAAGCAACUCACUGAAUACAUGGUAAUGGAAAUUGACCCAAUUCCAUUUCAUGAGAUACCCCAUGUGUCUCCUGCUUCAAAGAAACAUGUUCUCUCAGAAGUGUGGGUCGCUCGUACUAAUGAUCUUGGUGUUAAUGGCCAGCAGUACUACUGUAAGACUCAUCUUGGACAUACUCUUCACCCUGGGGAUACUGUGUUAGGAUUUCAUUUGGUAAAUUCUAAUGUGAAUAACUCAGAUUUUGAGAACAUGAAAAAAGACAGGGUACCCGAUGUGGUUUUGGUGAAGAAGUUGUAUAAUCGCACAAAGAGAAAUCGUCAGCGAAACUGGAAACUGAAACACGUUCUCCCUGAUCUUGUUGAUUCUUCAAGUGAUGGAAUUGCAUAUACUGAAUUUCUGGAAGAUUUGGAAGAAGAUGAUGGUUACAGACAAAAUGUGAACAUAUUCAAGGACAAAACCAAAACACCUGUGGACUUGGAUGAUAUUGAGGAUGAAGGGUUGCCAAAGAUCAGUCUUCAAGAGAUGCUGGAAGAUUUGGUGCUGAGUGAUCCAACAGGAGAAGCUGGUGCUGAUAUGGUUACAUAGUGGCAUUGAACUUUGUCCUUUUACAGCCGCUCAUGCUCACAACAUGCACUCCUACAGACACACAAUAUGCAUUCACAUAUAUUUAUCCCACAGCAGAUAUGGCCAACAUACACAAACCUCCUCUCAGAUACACACCCAUAUAUAAAUGUGUUUGGCUGGAAUUGGUGAAGCCUUGAAGUGUACAGAGACUCUCUUAUGUUUACAGCUUUGUUAACCUGGAAUUAUAAUGAAAACAUUUGAUAAUUUUUGCAUGAAUUAUGACUAAAAUUCUGUAAUUAAAGCUUGUUAAAUGGU